UAGAUCCUCCUCAGAGGAGAGCCAGCUGAUCAUGGAGGCUGGAUGGAACAGGAGGGGAAGUUACUUUAACUUUGUAAGGAAGGAGCAUCUGAAGCUGGAUGAUUUGAGAAAGAGAAAGGGCUCAGGAAACAAUUACCUCUUUAAAAAUGAAAUAAUCCUAGAAUACCCACGACCAGAGAUCCAUGUGAGCCAUCUGAAGCACGACACAGACAGAGACGGUUUGGAAGGCAUCACGAAGUCCGGAGGCUUCAAAGGAAAACAAGGCCUGGUGUGGUGGGGUCUGGUUGUGGGGGGGGAGGAACUCAGAUCAGCUGAGCAGCGCCUCCUCCAGGAAACAUACCCGGACCGAACAGAGCAGCAGGUCCAGGUUCAGCAGAGCUUCCUGAGGAAGUUUGCCUCCUCACCGGCCUUCAAGAAGAGCUCCAGGCUGGGAUCGUACCGCUUCACCUUCCCCCUUCAGGAGCUGCUGGAGGCCUACAGUCUGCAGUUUUGCGGCGGUGAGCAGCCCCUCAUGCGGGUGUAUGAGACCCACCUGUACAAACAGGAAGUGAUGUACGCAGUGCUGGUCCACAGUCCGGCCAAUCAGGAGCAGUUCUCAGAAUAUCCUCUUCUGAGCGACGACCCAAACGCUGUCUGCUGCUACAGAGAUGGCCGCUUCAUCUGGAGGCCUGAGGCCAUGUGUGCAACUCACAGAUACGAGUUGUUCUGGAACAAUAAGACUCUGCAGAUGGAGGCUCGGCCCUGGCACACUUAUGAGUUCUACGUCUGGGAUAAUGUGUGCAUCGUCCUGCAUGUGGAGAAGGGCAAGCUGCUGGAGUUCGGUCCGGACCGACUGAGAGAGGAACUGAAGUUCUGCGAAGGAGAAAAACUUCCCCACGCUCCGGACGAGUUUGAUGACUUCCCGUCUGCCGAGGCGACUGUUCGGAGUCUCUGGCCUGAAGACCCCUCCCCACUGGAGAGAGAUGAAGAGCAGGACAUUAAUGAAGCAGAAUAGAUGAAUCAGAGUUUAGAUAAGCACAUCCUGCCUUCACUGAACUAACAUUACAUUCAGAGUUGGAGCUAAAUAUUGGUUUAUCUUAUUUUAUAAGUAAACAUUUAUUUUCUGGCCGUUUUAGUUUUAGUGAAUGAAUCAUUAUUUAUCGUAACAAUUUUAGUUGCAGUAGUUCUGCUUUUAUUUUGAAGGAGGUGUGGGCUCCUGGUUGUUAAGGAAUAAUUCUUCUAGAUAUCUAACCUUUUGCUC